GGUUGGGGAAGGCAGACUUAAACUCACCUUAUCGUUAUGAUGAGGGUUGUUAAGGACGGCUUGCAUAAUUCAUAUUCUCUUUUCGGAAUUCCUCAAUACAGACCUGUGCAAAGAGGAUCCCUUCCACAUUCACCUGUGCCAAGUUCUCAUCUGUCCACAAUGCAACAGUCAACCUCAAAAGAUGUGACAGAAGAGGCAUCAAUAGAGAAGAUUCCCGCCGCCAGCAAGGAAGCAGUGGACUUCCUCUCACGCAUUGAAGCAAAAGAGAUCAAGCCCUGCCUCUUUGAAGAAUCAUUGGUUGCCAUUUCUGAGAGUGGACAACCUAUAGGACAGUUCUCCAUCUCAGUGGAGUGGUCCUGCUAUUCACUGGAUGGCUGGCAGGAAGAAGACUGCUACCUGGUCCGUGCAAGCAGCAAGGGGACAAUUGACGGUGUACCUUGCACAACGUCCAUUACAGGAUAUGUAACAAAGAGAUUAGAGACUGUAGAACAGCACACAAAGGAGAGUAUGAGGUUUAAGGAGCAUCCAGUGGAAACCAGGACCCAUGUGGUAAAACGCCAAGGCCAGCUUUUUGUGAGAAAAACCAUUGUGGAAAGAGAUGAAGAAAUCCAUGUUGACACAUUUUCAUAUCAAUGCUCGCAACUUGAAGGACUAAUCUCAGAGUCUGCCAACCUCCUGGUGCUGCGGGUGAUGGCCAGGAGACAGGCUGUGCCACAGGAUGCCAUUUUCCUCUCAUUUGACACUGACCAGCACAUCUGUAUUUCCACUUACAAUGCCCUGGGCUUCCAGAAGCAGCAGGUGGGCAAGGAGGAAGUGGAUGUGUUUGUCAUCGAGAGAAGCGUACACCCUGCAGAUGUGGUCCCGCUGACCUGGCAGUUCUACUUCCUGUCAGAUGGGCAUUUAUCCUGUCGUGUCCAGGUUGGAUCCCCGGCCACCAUGGUGAUCCUACAGUUGCCAAUUUUGAUCGAGACAGAUGAACCAGACCCUCGCCCAGUCUUUGAAAAAAUUCCCCUGGAUUGGGAGGAGGAUGUACAGCUGUACUCCAAAUUCUUAGACAGAAAGGAGGAGCUGCAGGCAAGCCACGCCACCUACAUGCGCCGCCAUCCGGAACUCAGUGCCCUGCUGGCAGAUUUCCUACAGUUGCUACUCCUUCGCAAGCCAGAUGAUGUGGUCGCCUUCGCUGCUGAAUUCUUUGCCCCCUUUUCAGUCCAGAACCCUCCAUGCAGGUCAUUUCAGUCCUCUGACAAACCCAGCCCCUUCCGUAGCCGUGUCAAAAUUAUUCCAGAAGAAUUAAAAGAUGCUGGGGAAUGACUCUACGUCUUUUGUUCCUGGAAGCUGCUGGGCAUUCUUUGCUCCACCAGGUGGAAGAUGACUCUUGAGCCACCAAGUGGCAGAUGCACUGUUUUACUGUCUCUCAAAUAAUGGUGGUGCAUUGCUUUGAGAAGAAACUGCUGGGUUUUCCAUGCAGGACACAGCCAGUCUGCUAAUUCUGUGAGAAGGGAAAUGGCAGAAAGGCUUUGGACUGUUUAAAUCAAAAAUGUCCUACCUUUUGAAAAAAUAAGGCAAAUUUUACAACAGAGCUUUAGAAUGGCUAACUUUAGUUUUAGCAAGUGAAGUUCAGCAUGAAAAAACAACACCCACCAAAAUGAAUUGGAAUCAAUUGCUGGACAAUCAAGACAGAGUGAUCAAAUACAAUAGUUUCAUUCAACUUUUGAAAAUAUAGAUUAACACUGACAUCUUAGUACAUACUUUCUUAGAAGAGUACCUGCAGAAGGGUGCCUGCUGACCUUGAUUCAGAUGUAGAGACAACCACGAUGGGAUCUGGAAAGCUGCACUUGGUAGCAUACUGUAGCCAGAAACUUCUCAUCUCCUCCUCUCUCAGGUUAAGGGAAAACAAAGAGGAAAAGGGAGAGGUUUGCCAGCCUGAAGCUGGAAAGACACUGAAAUGACAAACCAUGGUCCCUCAUUGCAUCAGGUUUAUGCUACUUUGUUUUGCUUGUAUAUACAAUUUAGUCCCAUGGAUCAGGUUCUGAGAAAACUUGUUCUGUGCAGAAAGUGACUGUGCUCUUUGUUCAUUGCCUGAGGGCUUUUCAUGGAAGUAAAUAAA